ACACGACUAUUUGGGAAAGAAACGGCGUUUGAUAAAUGAACUGCGAAGUGAAUACAAAAAAAUGGUUGCAGAGGCAAGAUGAAGUUAACAUGGAACAAGAAGCGCUCCAGAGAAGCUUUCGCAAGAUACUCAAACCUCCCCUUUGAUCAACAAGAACCCUCUUCUGAUGAUACGCAGCUGCAGAAUCAUGAACCCACCGCUUCUCAAAAUCACGAGAAACCCUCUGCUGAUGCUUUGGAUUCUGAUUCUGACUUCAAAAAACUUGCCCAAUCCUUCCAAGCCCAAGGCGACAAGCUUGCUGAGGAUGGGAAAUACCGGGAAGCACUUGGGAAGUGGGAGGCGGCUCUUAAUUUGAUGCCUGAACAUGCAGUUUUGUUUGAACAGAAGGCACAAGUUCUACUUGAGCUUGGGGAUGCAUGGAGUGCAUUGAAGUCAGCAACUCGAGCAACUGAAUUGGAACCAUCAUGGUCUGAGGCAUGGGUCACUCUUGGUAGAGCACAGUUAAACUUUGGAGAGCCUGAUAGUGCCAUUGAGAGUUUUGACAGAGCAUUAGCUAUCAAGCUUGAUUCCGUGGAGGCACAAGAUGACAAGAAAACUGCGUUACAUCUUAUAAAGAGAAGAAAGCAGCUUCAUUCAUCAGGCCUGAGUACCGCUAAAAACCGUUAUAUGGUAGGUGAUAGCACCGACUCUUGAUUUUACACGAAGUGUAAUUGUUACUCAGAGGAGGAUUGGUGUUAAGAGUUACCAGCCAUCUGUAAUUGAGAAUCCAGUAUGCGGAUAAAGGAUAUAGCACUGAGAUUGAGUCCCCAACUUACCACGAGACAGAGAUGAACAUAGCUACACAAUCGAAAAUUUUGGAUUUGCUCAGGAUUCGGCUUUGAUGGAAAACUUUGUAGGCAUAAUAUCAGACAGUACUGUCUAUUCUGAAAGUUUAUGCAAAUGGUGUGUGCUGUUUCGAUCUUUUAGAAAACGUUUGUUAAAUUUAAA